AUGAUAUCCAAGGUUUUUAUGAUCAUUGCUGCUCUAGUUGUUGCUGUUGCACUGGGCGUCGGAAUAAUCAUCGGUCAUUUCGCAAUAAAGAAAACAACGACUACAGUAACUUGGAAGUAUGACCGUCUUACGCGAGCAGCAGAUCCACAAAAUUAUCAGACAUAUAUCAAUUCUAUUCAAGCAUCUAAUAUUGAAAACAAUCUUAAAGAUUUGACAUCACGCCCUCACAUGGCUGGACUUCCUGAAGAUCGCGAAAGUGCUGAAGUUAUUGCACAGCGAUGGAUCGCUGAUGGUCUACAAGUAACGAAACCCAAGUACAAUGUUCUGCUUUCUUACCCGGAUAAUAAUAAUCCAAAUCGUGUAACGUUGACGAGUGAUAGUACGGUUAUUAUUCAAACGGCUGGUGUUGAACGUGUCUACGAUGAGACACAGAAUAAGACUGUCAACCCAUUUCUUGCUUAUACGCCCGGUGGAACUGUUUCAAGCAGGAGAUUAUACUACGGUAAUUAUGGACAAUAUCAAGACUUGGAAAAACUAGCGUCUGAAGUCGGAAAAGCUAAUCUAACAGAAAGUAUUAUCAUUAUGAGGUAUGGUCGUAUUUUUCGAGGCGACAAGAUCAAGCACGCUCAACAGUUUGGAGCUAUUGGUGCUAUUUUAUACAACGAUCCAGCUGAUUAUGCACCAUUGGGUACAUCACCCGAUCAAGUAUAUGAUAAAAAAUGGUACAUGCCGCCGAGCGGUACUCAGCGUGGGUCAACAUUUUAUGGAAAUGGCGAUCCUUUAACGCCUAAUUAUCCAGCUACAGAUUACAUGACUAGACUACCAGAAGAAGGUAUUCAAACAUUGCCAAGAAUUCCAGCUCAACCGAUUGGUUAUGAUGAAGCAAAGGUGAUUCUUCAAUACUUGUCGGGUAAUGCUGUUCCAAGUCAAUGGAGUGGUGCACUAUCCGAUGUAAACUAUCGUUAUGGUGGAGAACUUCUCAAUUCAUCUAUAAUCGAGAUUAAGUCACAUAAUCGAAAUGAGAUGCGAGACACCUACAAUGUUAUUGGUAUAAUGCAAGGAGAUAUUGAACCAGAUCGUUAUGUCGUGAUUGGAAAUCAUCGGUACGUGUUUGGUUUAUGUUUUGAUAAGAUAGUUAUUGCUCAGUAUUGUAGAGAUGCUUGGAGUUUAGGUGCAUUGGAUCCUACUAGUGGUACGGCUACUCUGCUUGAAAUCACACGCGUACUCGGUGAAAUGUACAGAAACGGAUUUCGACCACGACGUAGUUUAAUGUUUUGUUCAUGGGGUGCUGAAGAGUAUGGCUUGAUCGGAUCGGUUGAAUAUGUAGAAGAAUAUGUGAAAGUACUAGGUGCACGUGUUGUUUCUUAUCUGAACAUGGAUAUAGCUGUCGAAGGAAACUAUACAAUUAAAGCAAGAAGUGCACCGAUGUUAUUUGAUAUUAUUGUUGAGGCAUCAAAAAUGGUUCCAAGUGCAUAUGAUACACCAACACAAACCGUCCAUGAUAAAUGGAUGAAAGUCAAUCGCAAUAAUAAAACCAAUGAACCGAUUAUAGGAAACGGUCUUGGGUCAAGUAGUGACUUUUUUGCUUUCAAUCAAUUAGCUGGCUCAUCAAAUGUCGAUAUACGAUAUACAUUUAAUCCAGCCGAUCAGGGAAAUCUCGGAUCAUAUCCACUCUAUCAUACAUCGUAUGAAGUAUUUUCAAUGAUGAAAAAGUUCAUUGAUCCUGACUUUUAUGCACACAGAGCCACAGCUCAAUUUACCGGUGUUUUAGCAUUACUUCUUUCAGAAACACCUGUCCUGCCAUUUAAUGUUAAUCGAUACACAAUUGCUCUUCGAGAAGCAAUGAACAGUCUUCAAACGAGCGAUACAAGUGUUCUCAAUCCACUGACUAAAGCCAUCGAUGAUUUCGAUAAAAUCGCUCAAGACUUUGUCGCACGAUCAAAAACAAUGGAUACUACCAAUCCUUAUGUCAUUCGUGCUUAUAAUGAUCAAGUUCUGCAGUUAGAACGAGCCUUUCUAAAUCCAUUGGGACAAGGUGGUGACUAUGCAGAGAUGAAGCAUGUUAUUUAUGCGCCAGCGAAGACUAAUCAAUACGCGGCUGAUGGUUUUCCAGCUAUUAAUGAUGCAAUUAAUGGUGGUAAUCUAACAGAAAUUAACAUGGAAGUGGCAAUUACAGCAUAUUUCAUUCGCGGAGCUAUAUCAACAUUAAAAGAAUUCAAUAAAUUUAUCGUUGCGUCAGCUUGA